AUGGCUACCCCCAGCUGUGAUUUCAGAUUGAUUCUUGUAGCCCUUUUCCUGGUGGGGGCGUGGGCAUCUCAAGAAGUUUCCAUGUUGGAGCGCCAUGAGGAGUGGAUGGUUCGCUAUGGGCGUUCAUAUAAAGAUGAUGCAGAAAAGGCAAAGCGAUUCAAAAUCUUCAAAGAAAACGUGGAGUUUAUUGAAUCAUUCAAUAAGGCUGGCAAUCUGUCUUACAAACUUGGCAUUAAUCAAUUUACUGAUUUAACAAAUGAGGAGUUUAGUUCCACCAUGUUUUGUGACGAGAAGGCAUCCCCACGCCCUAAGCCUUCAAAACCAGUUUCCUUUCUGAAUGUGAGUUUGGAUCAAAUUCCAGAUCAUUUGGACUGGAGAGAGAUGGGUGCUGUGACUGAUGUCAAAAACCAAGGAGCAACCUGCGGCGGUAGUGGCUGGGCGUUUUCUGUGGUGGCGACCAUAGAAGGAAUAAACGAAAUCAAAACUGGGCAAUUAAUAUCCUUGUCGGAACAGCAACUCAUCGACUGCAACGUCAAAAAUAAAGGCUGCAACGGCGGAUCCAGAGAUGAGGCGUACCAAUACAUAAUAAGCGGCGGCGGCGGCGUCGCGGCGGAGUCGGACUACCCGUACGACGGCGUUCAGCACAGCUGCGACACAAAAAAGAUUGGCCACCCACCCACCAUCAUUAUAGACUACGAAGCAACGUAUCCCGACGAAAUUUCUCUUCUUUCGGCCGUCAAAGAGCAGCCUGUCUCGGCCGGAAUCAUUAUAGAUGGCCAACUGUUCAGGCAAUACGCGGGCGGAGUUUUCACCGGCUACAGCGGCGGCGACGACUGCGGGUCCGGAGUCUCCCACGCUGUGACGAUCAUUGGGUACGGGACGAGCGAUGACGGAGAGGAUUAUUGGUUGGUGAAGAAUUCAUGGGGAACAGAUUGGGGUGAGAAUGGUUAUAUGAAGAUGGCCAGAGGGAUCAGUGCUGAUGGAGUUUGUGCCGUUAACUUAUCGGCUUUUUAUCCAAUUGCUUAAAUAUUACAAACAAUUAUUGUUGCAAUGUAAAACUUUUGCAAGCAUCAAAUAAAACUCGACAAAAUGUGUAAAAA